AUGCAAAGAGGGUUUGAUAAAGGAUACACCGAAGGACUAGCGAUUGGGCAAGCCAUCGGCCGACUUCGUGUUCAUCAUAUUUACACGGUAGACCACUUUCGUGAAAACGGGCCCAAGGCAAAUUACACUUCGCCUGAAGAACAAGUAAAACAAUUGGAAAAUAAAAAAAAUGAGUCUUUCUCAUUCUCUUUCUCUGUUUAUGCCAUGUCACUGCGAAAGUUUGCGUUGACAUUGACACACAAUCUUAAACCAUGUCAACAGAGAUUCACAAAAUGUAAUUUUUCCACUAGCAACGGUGUCAUUGAAGAUGUCCGUGGUAUCAUGAGAAAGGUACCACAACCCGUAGUGGUAGUAACAACGUCAAAGCCGGACGACCGAGAAUAUCGACGAGGCAUUACUGUGGCCUCUUUCACGUCAGUUUGUCUCCACCCAGAACCACUAGUAUCAUUUUGUGUGCGUACACCCUCACGAGCUUCCGAAUUACUACAUGCCUCAGGAAGUAUGGUUCUCAACAUGCUUUCUCACGAACAGGUUCAACAGUCAGUUGCGUUUUCUUCUCCUGAUGCGGAACAGUUUAAAGACAUACCCUAUUUUGAUCACCCAGUGACGGGACUACCCGUGCUGAUGGGCACGUUAGGAGCAAUGCAUUGUGAAGCGUAUAAAGUGAUAGAAUUGGGCGAUCAUGAAUUAUGGAUCAACAAGGUCUUAAAAGUGGAAGAAGGGGUAGGAGGUGAACAUGGACGACGAGAUGAAGCCCACCCAUUACUAUACUAUGAGCGAUGUUAUCGAAGUGUAGGAGACCAAGUUUUUAUGAAGGCAUUUGAGGAAGAUGGUGAUACUUCCAAACAAAAAUGGAUGCAUAGAGCGCAUUUACGUAUGGCUUGGAAUCAUAUUCGAGAAUUGGGUCCUGUUGCAGCUCAAGUUAAAAUUAAAGAAACGCUAAAAAGUCAUUUUAAAAAGAAUCCAACCAAAAGUCAAGAUUAUCACGAAACGAUCACAUCUUUCUAUAUCGCAUUGGUCUCUGCUGCUAUCAGUUCAAAUCAACAAAAUGAUUUCUUUGCGCUUGUGGAAAGGUUCCCUCAAUUACUGGAUGCUAAAACCAUUGAAAAUUAUUAUUCACCCGAUAAAUUAUAUACAGAUGAAGCAAAACAUGUGUUUGUUCCGCCAGAUAUUCAACCAUUACCUACACGAUUAGAUUAA